AUGCCCGAAGGAGGAGCGGCGGCCAAGGACAGAGGAAGCAAAAGUGCCGUGUCGCUGGGCAGCGUAAAGUCGCCCGUGACGUUUUCGUCCCGGCUCGCCAGCGUGGCUGUUUUUUGUGCGGGAGAAGCCGGACGAGCGUUACACGCCGCGUGCGACUGGACGAUAGACAUGUGCGUCAGUGACGUAAACUGGGCGAUUCGGUGGCGUUGGGACAACGUGCGUGCAGACGAGGCAGUAUGUGUUUCUACAGGUGGAGGACGCGCGGCAAGAACGAGGGGGGAGGCUGACGACACUCGGCAGUUUAGAAAGAACGCCGAGACGUCACCAGGCGUGGUCCAGUAG